GAGUUUACUUACAAACUGGUGUGGUAAAAAAUCACAUUAUCUCAGCACACAGACUGCUACAUUAUAACAUUAUUAAGCCUUCAUCUUUGCAGUGGUUUAGAAUUUUUACUGCACCAGUUUGCAAUCCCACUACUUUUCCAUUCUUUAUUUAUUGUAUCAUACAGGAGUCCCAAUGUCAAAACCAGCUGCUGGUGUUGCCUGUGGACUCAUGAUGGACGGAACUGAUUAUGUCAUUUUAAGUGAUCUUUCUGGUAUAGAAGAUGCUGCUGGUUAUAUGGAUUUCAAGGUUGCUGGAACAAGAGAUGGAAUAACUUCAUUUCAACUUGAUAUAAAAGACUGUGAGGGACUACCAUAUGACAUCAUUGCGAAUGCAUUUAUGCUUUCAAAAGAGGCUAGGCACAGAGUCCUUGAUAAAAUGGAUGAUUGUCAAUCAAAACCACGACAACAGCUUAAAUCAAACACUCCAGUUUAUGAAACUAUACAUGUUCCAUCUUCAAAGAGGUGGAUGCUUGUUGGUUCUGGAGGACAUAGGAUAAAAGCAUUGAUGCAGGAGACAGGUGUCUAUAUAGGGCAACUAGAUGAUGAGACAAUGUCUGUGUUUGCUCCAACACAAUUAGCAAUGAAUGAAGUAACAGAGAAAAUAAAUACGUUAUUAUAUUGUUCUGACCAUUGUGAAUCUGGAGCCAAAUUAGAAAUUGGUGCAGUGUACAAGUCUAGAAUAAUAGACAUCAAGCCAUCAGGUGUACUGAUUGAAAUGAUACCAACACUGGACAGGGCAAUGGUAUUCUUGGCCCAAUUGGAUCACAAGUUAGUGUCUCAUCCUGAUGACCUUGGACUGCAACUAGGACAAGAGAUAGCAGUUAAAUACUUUGGAAGAGAUCCACAUGGACAUAUUCGUGUCUCACGUAGAGCAUUGCUUGCUAAUCCGUUCAGGCGGCCAAAGGAAGAUGGACAAAGUCUAGGAAGUGCAUCAUUAGUCGAGACAGCCAUCUUGGAUCAUGUAAAAGCUACUGUGGCAAAUAAGAUGGACCUUGAGGGGUCAAGAUCAUUUAAAGAAUGAAAAAAGAAGCACAAAGAUUUGACUUUAAUAAUAAAUAAAUUUAGUGGCACAAGGACCUCUUGGUGGCAUGCAUAAUUUUAGGUUUUCAGAUAAAAUGUACGUAAAAUAAUAGUUUGACAGUGGUUUGGUCAGAUA